GCGCGCUUUCCUCUCCGCUCCAACGGAACAGCUCAACUACUUCCUCCGGCUCUGUGACUGCACUCCAGCUCGCGCGGCUUCUGCCAAAGCAGGCUGCUCGCGCAUGGAUUUCGGCUGGAUUUGUGCCGUCUGACAUGGAUGGCCCGAGGCUCGCCGAGUCGGAAGCCCGUUCCUUGGUGCAGUGAGAAGGAAGGACACGCGGCGCUUUUCUGGAAACGGAUGCGGGACGCGAGCGCGCGACUCCUCCGUAACCAUGCCGUGAUCUCUGAGCGCUGGCCUUCACCCCUCCUAGACGACUAAAGAGCAAUUCUGUGGGGAGUUUUGCAAUCCAAAGGAAUUAAAACGAUGUACAUUGCAGGCAUCAUGAAGAUUACCUCCCCGUUGAUAACUCAUGCGAGCUUCAGGCGAUCCGUCAAGAUCCUUCUGCUGCUUCUGUUAUGUGUGGGAUACUCUCGCGGGAUGCCACAUGUUUUAAGAUUCGGGGGGAUAUUUGAAUCCAUUGAAACUGGGCCAUCUGGUGCUGAGGAACUAGCCUUUAAAUUUGCUUUAAAUACAAUCAACAGAAACAGAACCCUACUGCCGAACACAACACUAACAUAUGACAUCCAAAGGAUAAACAUCCAUGACAGUUUUGAGGCUUCCAGAAAAGCAUGUGAUCAACUCUCUCUGGGAGUGGCAGCUAUUUUUGGCCCCUCUCACAGUUCUUCAGCCAAUGCAGUCCAGUCCAUCUGCAACGCACUGGGGGUGCCACACAUCCAGACCAAAUGGAAGCACCAAGUGUCAGACAACCGUGACUCAUUCUAUGUCAGCCUCUACCCAGACUUCUCCUCCCUCAGCAGGGCCAUCCUAGACCUGGUGCACUUUUUCAAGUGGAGGAUGGUCACAGUGGUGUAUGAUGACAGCACAGGUCUUAUCCGGUUACAGGAGCUCAUUAAGGCACCCUCUCGUUACAAUAUCCGGUUAAAAAUCCGACAGCUGCCAGCAGAGACAAAAGACACCAAGCCACUUCUUAAGGAGAUGAAGCGAGGGAAAGAGUUCCAUGUGAUCUUUGAUUGUGGACAUGAGAUGGCUGCUACCAUUCUUAAACAGGCUCUUGCUAUGGGGAUGAUGACAGAGUACUACCACUAUAUUUUUACUACACUGGAUCUGUUUGCGCUGGACGUCGAGCCUUACCGCUACAGUGGGGUGAACAUGUCAGGGUUCCGUAUUUUAAACACAGAGAACAGCCAAGUGUCCUCCAUCAUUGAAAAGUGGUCCAUGGAGCGCCUUCAAGCACCUCCCAAACCUGAUUCUGGCUUACUAGAUGGCUUUAUGACGACGGAUGCAGCACUGAUGUACGACGCAGUGCAUGUGGUGGCCGUAGCGGUGCAGCAGUCUCCACAGAUCACAGUCAGCUCUCUCCAGUGUAACCGGCACAAACCCUGGCGCUUUGGUAACCGCUUCAUGACGCUCAUCAAAGAGGCCCACUGGGAUGGUUUGACCGGACGGAUAAAUUUCAACAAAACCAAUGGCUUAAGGACAGAUUUCGAUCUGGAUGUGAUCAGCCUGAAGGAGGAAGGACUGGAGAAGAUUGGAACAUGGGACCCUGUAAGUGGCCUGAACAUGACUGAAAAUCAGAAGGGAAAGAUGUCGAACAUCACAGACUCACUCACCAACAGGACACUAUAUGUGUCUACAAUACUGGAGGAGCCCUAUGUGAUGUUCAAGAAGUCAGACAAGCCUCUGCAUGGCAAUGAUCGUUUCGAGGGAUACUGCAUCGACCUGCUGCGGGAGCUUGCCCACAUCCUGGGCUUCAUCUAUGAGGUGCGGCUGGUCGAGGACGGCAAGUACGGAGCGCAGGAGGAGAGCACGGGCCAGUGGAAUGGCCUGGUGCGCGAGCUCAUGGACCAUAAAGCUGAUCUUGCAGUGGCUCCCCUAGCCAUCACCUACGUGCGGGAGAAAGUCAUCGAUUUCUCCAAGCCAUUCAUGACCCUGGGGAUAAGUAUUCUGUACCGCAAACCCAACGGCACCAACCCAGGGGUGUUCUCCUUCCUCAACCCUCUUUCCCCCGACAUCUGGAUGUAUAUUCUGCUGGCUUACUUGGGUGUCAGUUGUGUGCUGUUUGUCAUAGCCAGGUUUAGCCCCUACGAAUGGUAUAACCCCCACCCAUGCAACCCCGACUCGGACGUGGUGGAAAACAAUUUCACCCUGCUAAAUAGUUUCUGGUUCGGAGUUGGAGCUCUCAUGCAACAAGGAUCUGAGCUCAUGCCCAAAGCCCUUUCCACCAGGAUAGUAGGAGGUAUCUGGUGGUUUUUCACCCUCAUCAUCAUCUCCUCCUACACGGCUAACUUGGCCGCUUUCCUCACAGUGGAGAGGAUGGAGUCUCCCAUUGAUUCAGCUGAUGACCUGGCCAAACAGACCAAAAUUGAGUAUGGUGUGGUGGAGGAUGGCUCCACAAUGACCUUCUUUAAAAAAACAAAGAUCUCCACAUACGACAAGAUGUGGGAGUUCAUGAGCAGUCGCAGGCAUUCAGUCAUGGUGAAGAGUGUGGAGGAGGGCAUUCAACGGGUGCUUACCUCCGAUUAUGCCUUCCUCAUGGAGUCCACCACAAUCGAGUACGUCACCCAGCGCAACUGCAAUCUCACGCAGAUAGGCGGCCUCAUUGACUCCAAAUCCUAUGGUGUUGGUACUCCUAUGGGCUCUCCAUACCGAGAUAAGAUCACCAUAGCAAUCCUGCAGCUCCAAGAAGAAGGGAAGCUGCACAUGAUGAAGGAGAAAUGGUGGAGAGGGAAUGGCUGCCCGGAGGAAGAGAGUAAAGAGGCCAGUGCCCUGGGUGUGCAGAACAUUGGAGGAAUCUUCAUUGUUCUGGCUGCUGGACUUGUUCUCUCUGUCUUUGUGGCAGUCGGGGAGUUCCUCUAUAAGUCUAAACAAAACGCACAACUUGAAAAGACUUUGCCAGCUGGAGAGCCAGCAACUCUCCUUGAUGUAUGUCUCUGAAGACAGAAGGGAUUUGGUUCAUAUGCUCAGAUGGCCACCAUGCUUUUCAUCUUGUCUCUCCUCUACAGCCUUGUCUCACAUGCCCCAUUUCACCUCAUUUUUCCUCCCUUGCUUUACUAAGUGCAUGGGUUAAGUGAGGAAUGUUGACACAUUUGAAACUAAAUCCGAAUCAAGUAGUUUGUAUAUUUGAGAAAAUAUUUAUUUUUCACGAGUACUCUAUGUGAUGUUUUUUCAAAUUCACAUUCAAUUCUUACAGUGGUGUUUGCUGAUUUCAAUUUUAUCAUUUAUAUUUGUCCACAGGAAAUAUAUACAUUGUUUAUAAUACAAAUAAAUGCAGCGUUUGCAAGAUUAAUGACUCAAUCUGUGAAUUACCAAAUCACUUCGUUAACCAAACAGUCUUUGUUGACUAGAGAAAUCUUUGGCACAGAUAUCAAGAUAUACAUCCUACACAUUAACCUCUGCUCAGCUUAACAACUAUCUUCAUUUGACCUGUUAACCAUGUAACAACAUGAAAAACAAGACUACGUCCUCAGCUUUUUUUGUUGUACACUGGUGAAAGCUGCCACUACCACUGUGAGUUGUGAGUUCCACAUAGCCCCAAUUAGCCCCUCUCAGCAGGGCUCUGGCUUUAAGAGCCAUCUCCAGCACCCUCCAUCGAUCUCUUCCAGUGGUAUUGUUUAUUCACUGAAAGCCACCAUAUCGAUGUUUCAGCAUAUCCUGUUGUGAGGUGUUAUUCUGUAGGCAAGUCCUUAGGUUGACUUAAAAGGAGAUGUGAGCCAUUGGCACACAGUACUGGCAAAUAUUCAAUCUUUUAAAAAGCAACUGCAGUGUAUUUCAUGAAAAGUAUAUAAAAACAAACAAAAAUACAUGAUGUAAAAAUGUAUUAUCUAAUAUUUGGAUUAUUUACUUGUUUACUUUCUAGAAAAGUAUUGUUUCAUUACUAGUAUAUUUUAUGAAAAGAUUGGUGGUUGGCUUAGACAUGAGUGCUGCACGUUGACGUCAGUCCUGAAGGAAGGGCUUAUCUCAUUCUGACUGUCAAAACCUUUAUGCUGGUCUAUCUAACACACUCACCAAUCGCACUCUAGUGAGAAAUCACUGAAAAUCAGGCCUUGUUAAUUUAAUUUUAGAGGUCAGAUAGUGGUAGGAGGCUUAGUGGUUUGCUUUAAAUGAGACCACUUGAAACCAGAGAAAAUUUGGGGAUUAAAUCAUGUUUCUACCAUAGUAGUGAAAAAAUACAAAUGCAACUGAUGUAUGUGUUGUACUACAUAGUUUAUUGCAAAAUAGCUGACAUGCAAUGAUAGUGCUCCUUGGUGAUCAUGGGUUUGAAUCCUGAUGCCCUCUGUGUCUGGGAGCCCAAAGGAUCAAAAUGCGGAAGUGGGUGGAUCACACUUUCCUCUGACUGUGUUACACCACCCCCAGAUUAUGCAUGAGCAAUUGUUUGAAAAGAUGCAGUUGGAGGAAGCACGUGUUAGCAUUUUCCCUCCCAUGUUGGCUAUUGUGUGAUAGGGGAAAGCUGCCUGAUGGGUGGGAAUUGCCCAUGACUAAAUUAAGUCAUUAAAUAAAUCAGAGGGAAAACUUAAAACAUCAACAGAUGUUGAGCACCAAACAAUGAAAAUUAAUCUCCUUAGAAAUAGAGCUGUUACCUUUAUUUAAAGUACUGUACAUGUCAAGCUAUUUAGUUCACACUGAUCACAUUCAGUUUCACACUGUCUGGGAUGUUAUUCGAUUUAUUUGAGCUUAAAGCUUCAUGCUAGAUGCUUUCCCACCACGAGUGAGUACAUAUAUCAUGCAAAUUGUCAGUACUGGACUGCCAGAGUAUCAUAAACAUGCAUUACCACUGCAUACGAUCAAAUAAAAUUUAUUACCUCAACAAAAUAAGCUUAGUGUGCACGAAGCCACUCUCCAUGUGUUGGGUGUAAAAGGGACAUUUAUUACACAGAUGGUGUCUGAACAUGGGGGCGUGACAACAGGAAAAGAGGCAGCUGGAGUUGCUCUUUAAUGAACAAGGCAAUAUGGUCAUGGCAGCAGCUUUUGAAAGCAGCACAUGAUGUAAAAGAUGGAUACUGCCUAAAAACAUGUUCCUUUUAACAUGGAACAAGACACGAUUAACCUAGUGAGACCGAUGGAGAUAUAUAUAUAUAUAUAUAUAUAUAUAUAUAUACACAAUUGUUUGGAUAUCAAUGAAUUGCAAACACAACACAGGUUUACCCCAAAAAAAUCUUUCUUAAAUAUAGGUGUGUUGGCACCCGUAUGAGUUCAUAUGAGAAAAAUAUAUUUGAAAUAUAUUCCCAUUCAUAUGGUAUUUUUUUUUGUACACCUGGGUGACUAGGAACAAGAAAUUGUUCAACCAUGACUUCCUGUUUCACAGAGGUAUACAUAUGAGGUAACACAUAGACCAAAUUCCCUGAGUCAUUCAUAACAAUAGACCAAGGAAUAUAGCUGUGAUGUGCAGCAAAAGGUUAUUUAGCUUCACAAAAUGGGAAGUGGCUAUAAGAAAAUAGCACAAGCACUGAAAAUCCCCAUCAGGGCAAUAAGAAGUUCCAGUCAACUGAAAAUGUUAUGAAUCAACCUGGAAUUGGAAGUGUGUCUAUACUGACUCAAUGCACUAGGGAUCACAACUUGAGAAUUGCAGGAGUUAGUUGAAUCUUGGUCAUAAAGUCUCCAAAAUUACAAUCCGAAGUCACCUACAUCACCACAAAUUGUUUGGAAGAAUUUCAAGAAAAAAGCCUCUACUCUCAAAUGUCUUUAGUUUGCCAGACACUACUGGAACUUCAAAUGGGAUUGGGUUCUAUGGUCAGAUGAAAUCAAAAUAGAGCUUUUUGGCAAUAAGCACCAGAGGUGGUUUUGGCACACAGAGAGGGGUAGCCAUAUGGAAAAGUACCUCAUGUCCAUGGUUAAAUAUGGGGCUGGCUCUUUAAUGUUUUGAGGCUGUUUUUCUGCCAGAGGACCUGGACAUUUUGUUAGGGUACUUGGCAUCAUGGACUAUCAAGCAACAGAUUUAAUAUCAACAGAUAUUAAAUGAAAACCUGACUGCCUCUGGCAGAAAACUUAAAGGGGGCCGUGGUUGGAUCUUUCAGCAGGACAGUGAUCCAAAACAUACAUCAAAAUCAACACAAAAAUGGUUUACUGACCACAAAAUCAAGGUUCUGCCAUGGCUUUCCCAGUCCCCCGACUUGAAACCCAUAGAAAUCCUGUGGGGUGAACUGAAGAGGAGAGUCCACCAGUGUGGACCUUGAAAUAUGAAGGAUCUGGAGAGAUUCUGUAUGGAGGAAUGGUGUCGGAUCUCUUGCCAUGUAUUCUCCAACCUCAUCAGGCAUUAUAGGAGAAGACUCAGAGCUGUUAUCUUAGCAAAGGGAGGUAGCACAAAAUAUUGACUAAAAGGGUGCCAAUAAUUGUUGCACAUCUAUAUUUAACAAAGAUAUAUUUUUUUGAUAAACCUGUGUUAUGUUUGCAAUUGUUUGAUAUCCACGAGGGCAGAGUAUUUAUUUAUUUUUUUAAUUAAACAUCAAAAGGUUAAACAAUAAAGACAAAUUUUCACAGCCUUCUUUGCUCAUAAAUGGUCUGCACUUAUAUAGCGCUGUUAUCCAAAGCGCUUUACACUGUGUCUCAUUCACCCAUUCAUACACACCAAUAGUAGCAAAGCUGCCAUGCAAGGUGCUAACUUGCCAUCGGGAGCAACUUGGGGUUCAGUGUUUUCCCUAAGGACACUUCGGCAUGUGGAGUCACAUGGGCUGGAAAUCGAACUGCCAACCCUACAAUCAGUGGACAACCUGCUCUACGCCAUAG